GUUAUCUGUUCUGCUGUUUGUCCUCUCCUCGUCCGUAGAAAAUUUUAUUCUUUUGUAAAGAAGAGCACUUCUAUUAAAAAGGGUAAUUCACAUUUACAGUUCAAUUAACUAAAAUCUAAUUAGUUAUUCAGUUGUAGUUCGCAUAAAAAACAACUUCAAAAAUGUAUGGCACAAUGGCACGUUAAGAAAACUACUCAACGUAUUUAAAUGGUGUAAAUUCAGAGGCUCUUACUGCAGAAUUCAACUGUAAAACGGUUAAAUACGUAGAAAAGAACAAUGUCAGCUAAAAGAGCAGCAACUACGGAAUUGAAUCAUGAAAACUGGGAUCAAGAUGAUCCUUCUGAGCACGAAGAAAUGGGGGCUUUCAGGGUGGCAUCCAAAGAUGUUUUAGAAAAACGUGUUAUUAGGACUGCUAAAAGACGAUCUCAGAUAAGUGAAGAUGGUAACAAAGGUCUUUUCAAGUUUGGAGGAUUCAAUAAAGCACAACCCUCAUCAUUCGACUUUCUGGCUAAUUUGACCAAUGGUAAUAAAAAUAAUGGAUCACCAUUAAGUAAAAGUGACACUGCUGUAACAUCUAGUUUAUUUGCAAGUAAACCUCUUACAAGCAGCCCUAGUGGAGGAAUAUUUAGUACCACAACCUCAGCACCAUCUGUCACAAAGGCAACAUUUGGCAUUCCAACUCACUCAUCUACAUUGUUUGGAGUAUCUUCCACUAAUACACAAAGUACAACAUCAAUAUUCACUGCUUCAAAAGCAGAUUCAACAGUCGGAGACUCGCCUUUUAAAACUCAGUGUAUAACUAGUAGUACUGAGGUAAGCAAACCAGAAAUAAGUAAGACAACAAAUGUUCCAAUAAAUGCAGCUGGGUCUCAAGUGACUUCAUCAUUAUUUGGAGUGUCUUCAACAAAUCUGAGCACAGGUAAAUCAUUGUUUUCAAUGACAAAAUCAACACCAUCAAAAACUCAACCUGUCUCUAGCUCUACUACAAUACAAUGCAACUUUGGGACAACAUCAACAACAAUUUCUAAACCCAGUGUUACUGAAAAUAACACGAAUUCUAUAAAUGAUGAUAAAAAACUAAAGUAUUAUGCAAAGUUAAAAGGGCUUAAUGAAUCUGUAUCUGACUGGAUAAAGAAGCAUGUUGAAGAAACACCUCUAUGCAUUUUAACACCUAUAUUUAAAGAUUAUGAAAAAUAUUUAAAAGAAAUGCAAGACGAAUAUCAAGGUAAACAGGGAGAAAAAGACGGCAAAAGUAUUGGUUCUAUUGAAAAAGAAAUGGAUAAGAAUGAAUCCUCUGAAUCUGUCUCACAGUUUUCAAACAGUCCAAUUAUAUCCACUUCAAAAUCAGAGACCCCUAAUUCUAAAUCACCCUCAAUGUUUGGAAACCAGAAUAAUGUACCUACUCUUGGGGAAAAGUCAGAAUUUUCAUUUGGUAUUAAUAAUAAUUCAUUGAAUAUACAAACUACUGCAGGGUUUUCAUUUGGAAUGAGUGCCUCAACACCCACAACAAUCACCAGCAGUCUGUUUUCAGGAACAUCAAGUGUCAAUUCAAAUGGUGGUACUCCAUUUUCUUUUGGAAUAGGCAAGCCGUUUAGCUUUAACUCCAACAUUCAAAAACCCACUACUGAAAAAUCUGUAAACAACAAUGAAGAAACAAAUGAAGAUGAACCUCCAAAAGUGGAGUACACACCAGUUGUAGAGGAAAACAGUGUAUUUGAUAAGAAAUGUAAAAUAUUUGUGAAGAAAGACGGCAACUUUGUUGAUAAAGGUGUUGGUACACUUUAUAUUAAAAAAAUAGAAGAAACUGGUAAACAUCAACUGCUUGUUCGUGCUAAUACAAACUUGGGAAAUGUUCUUCUCAAUUUAAUUUUAGCUUCAGCUAUACCAACACAGCGUAUGGGGAAAAAUAAUGUAAUGUUGGUUUGUAUUCCUACACCAGAUGCAAAACCUCCUCCAACACCUGUACUCAUCAGAGUUAAAACUACAGAAGAAGCAGAUGAAUUGCUAGAAAUAUUGAAUAGAUACAAGUUGUAAACAACAUUGAUUAUGUUAAUAUUAUUUUCUUUAUAAUUAUUGUGUAGUAUACAAAUCACAAGAAAACAUUUCUGAAU